CUACCUCUCUCUCUCUUACUCACAGUCACAUUUCUUCUCUCUCAGACUCUCUCGGAAUCGGAGAUGUCUGAAGCUUCCUCACAUCCAGAGGGUCCGACCCCUACCAAUCAAACCUUGCAGCCAUGGCUGGACGACCUCGCCGACGAUCUGCAAAGCAUGAGCUUCAACUCCACCACUACUGCGACAGACAUCAGGCGCAGCACCAGCUCCGGCUCCGAGACUACCUGGACCGCGUCUAGCUUUGGCUCCAUCUCCACCAAACCCCACGCCUCCUCCGGCGACCCCUGCUGGGACGGGAUUCGGCGCGUCAGAUCGGAAUCGCCUAAUGGCGGACUCGGACUUUGCGACUUGAGAUUCGUCCAGAAACUCGGCAGCGGCGAUAUCGGCAGCGUCUACCUCGCAGAGCUAAAAGGCGCUCCGGUGUGCACGUUUGCUGCCAAGGUGAUGGAUAAGAAGGAACUCUCGAGUCGGAACAAAGAAGGGAGGGCGAGGACCGAGAAGGAAAUAUUGGAAAUGCUGGAUCAUCCCUUCCUCCCCACGCUGUACGCGAGCCUGGACUCUGCUAGGUGGUCCUGUCUGCUGACUGAGUUCUGUCCCGGCGGUGACCUCCACGUGCUCCGGCAACGCCAGCAGGGGAAACGAUUCGACGAGCCAGCCGUCAGGUUCUACGCAUCCGAGGUGGUAGCUGCUCUGGAGUACGUUCACAUGAUGGGCAUCGUCUACAGGGAUUUAAAACCCGAGAAUGUUCUCGUGAGAUCUGACGGUCAUAUCAUGCUAACGGAUUUUGACCUCUCAUUGAAAUGCGAUAGUUCGACACCAACGGCUCAAAUCAUCUCCGACAAGAAUCCACCGGUCCCGACCAUGUCCAGUGACUACCCGGUUGACCCACAUCCAUUCGCCGCUGCCUCAUGCAUCCUGCCUAGCUGCAUCGUCCCGGCAGUCUCAUGCUUCCACCCGAAACGCAAGCGCAAGAAGAAACCCAGCCGGCGGCGCGGUCCGGAAGUAGUGGCCGAACCGGUCGACGUGAGAUCGAUGUCAUUUGUCGGCACCCAUGAGUACUUGGCACCCGAGAUCGUAUCGGGCGAAGGCCAUGGAAGUGCGGUGGAUUGGUGGACGUUGGGUAUAUUCAUAUUCGAAUUGCUAUACGGGGUGACCCCCUUCAAAGGCAUGGACAAUGAGCUGACCCUGGCCAACAUCGUAGCUCGGGCCCUGGAAUUCCCCAAAGAACCAGCGAUUCCGGCACCGGCGAAGGACUUGAUCACACAACUGUUGGUCAAGGAUCCGGCCCGGCGAUUGGGGUCGACGAUGGGCGCCACGGCGAUCAAGCGCCACCAAUUCUUCCAAGGUGUGAAUUGGGCACUGUUGAGGUGCACCCCACCUCCCCACAUUCCGCCUCCGUUUACCAGCCGGGAUGUGUCGGACGAUAGCUGCCCCGAGACCCCGGUCGAGUACUACUAACGAGAAAGAGGAGGAGCUGAACCGGAAUAUUUUGCAAGCCCUUGUGGAUUGGAGACACUUGAAUUAUCGUGGACACCGCAUCGAGUGAAGUGGGCCCCGGCACGCUUUGGGCUAUAUGCGCAUAGUGAAGUGGGCCCCGGCACGCUUUGGGCUAGAUGGACUUUUGAGCUCAGUGGGUUCUUGUUGACAUUUUACGAUUUUGUAAGGUGAGCCGGUUCCGGCUGCCGGGGACAGGGCGGAAGAUGUUGACCAAUCCUGAAGCAAGGAGGAGCAAAGAAACAUGGGUUGAAGGACAUACAAUUUUUGUGUUCAUUUGUCAGAGAGCGUGCCCCACCCACGUGUGAUGUCAAGUGUGUGAGUAAGGGUUAAUGUGGGGAGGUGUCAUUAGAAGUAAUCUUAAUACUUUGUAUUCUUUAUUUACAUAUAUAAAUAUAUAUAGUCACAUGGAGGCUCCAAUUCUUGGAUUUUUGGAUCCAUGGAUACAAAUAUUUGGUAAAUUGGUAGAGAGUACUGACCACUGACCACUGAUCACUGAUGCUACCAUUAUUGUUUUUUUU